AUGAGCUACAUUGAAAUCCUCUUGGCAGUUGCCCUGAUAUUGUUCGUACUUUGCUACAACAUCAAUCGUCUGCUUGGAUUACCACCGGGUCCAACACCAUGGCCAUUGAUUGGAAAUACCUUCCAAUUGCCAAUGUCCGGAAUUGAUAAACGUCUUCGUGAACUGCGAAAACAGUACGGCGAUGUGUUCACGCUGUGGCUACCGUAUCCUACAGUAAUCAUCAAUGGACAUGAAGCCUUAAAAAGAACGGUGAUCAGAGAUGGAGAGUCCUAUGCUGGCCGGCCCGACACCUAUGUGAUGAUCCUUCUUGUGGAGGGAAACUAUGGUCUUAUUUUCGAAGAAAAUGAUUGGUAUCGAAGUCAACGACGAUUCACACUUCAUACGCUGAAAAACUUAGGAGUUGGUCGAGAUACUAUAAAGGUAUGA